CACCAUGCCUGCCUGCCGCCUCGGUCCGCUCCUCGCCGCCCUCCUCCUUGGCCUGCUUCUGGGCCUCCCCCCGGUCACAGGCGCAGGCACAGAGAAGCCGGGUGUGUGUCCCGAGCUGGAGGGUGAGGCGAACUGCACGAAGGCGUGCGUCUCGGAUGAGGACUGUAACGACAACCUUAAGUGCUGCCAGGCCGGCUGCGCCACCGUCUGCCAGAUGCCUAAUGAGAAGAAGGGCUCAUGCCCUAAGGUGGACAUCGCCUUCCCCCAGCUCGGCCUCUGCCGGGACCAGUGCCAGGUGGACAGCCAGUGUUCUGACCUGUUGAAAUGCUGCCUCAAUGGUUGCGGGAAAGUGUCCUGUGUCACCCCUGUCUUCUGAGCUCCAGCCACCGCAGCCUGUGGACUGACGGAGCAGCAGUCCUGCCUGGCCCUGUCUGGCUCCAGCCCAGCUGCCCUCCUCCCUUCCUGGCCUCUUCCCUCCCUCGUGAGCUGACCACAGCUGCUUCUUUUUCCAACCAAUAAAGUGACUGCU